UUACAAGCAAAAUGCAGUACGCAGAGGUCGUGUGGACACACGUGUCUUGCACUUCCAAUAAUAGUGUGACCAAGUUUCAGAAUGGGUUAAAAACAUGAAAAAGGCCUGUGGCAAGGAUGUGAGCGGUCAUAUAUUGUCGCCAGCUGAGAUGCUACCUUUCCACCGACCAAGCAUGGAGGAAGCCUUCCUCCAUGAACCAAGAGACUGAGCUUUGUUUGUGUUCAGAAAAUAGUCGUGACUGUGCGAAGCUUAAGCAGGCUGUCAUGGAGCCAGGGGAGAAAUCGCAGCACCGGGCUGGUGGUGUGGUGAAACUGAGGUCACGGGAGUCUCGUGCCCAGCGCAAGCGGGCCGUGCAGCUGCGCAUGGAACAGCUGGCCCGGGACCUGUGCCUGACCGGGGAGAGGAGAUCAGUCUGGAGCCUGCUGCCCGUCAACUUGCUCAUGCGCAUCCUGAAGCUCUUGCCCCUGGCUGAUAGAGGACGCUGCAGUCGCGUCUGCAUGCGCUGGCAUGCCGUCUGCCACAUGCCGGACCUGUGGCACGAGUUCGUGUUUGAGUUUGCGCUGGAGACGGCACUUGUCAGCUUCACGCCGGAGUCCCUGAUCAAACUGAUAUUUGAGAAGCACAGCGCUGACUUGAAACACGUGACCAUCAAGGUAGACAGCCAGGAAAAGUCGGAAGCGAUGGCAUGUAACGUCCUGACACAGCUCGGAUGCUGCACACUGCAGACGCUGAAACUCAGGUCACUGUUGGGGUACAGCUUUACAUCAGUGCAACCCAAGCAGGUUGCCUUGGCAAUGGGCGGGAUCUUCUCCAACUCGCCUCUGAAGGAGCUUGCCGUUGAGAAGACGCUGGUUGACGACGCCUUGUUGCAGAUGAUGGCAGGCAAGAGCCAGGCUACCUUAACCUCGCUCAAGAUUGACUUCUGCCCUGCGCUUUCUGCAUCAGGAAUCACAAGUGCUCUUGGUAUCUGCGUGCACCUGUGCGAGUUGUCCAUGGACUACCACCAGCUGAGUGACCCCCUCCUUCGGGCCCUCUCAACGCCUGCCCACGUUCCCAUGAAGGACCUUAACAUCAGUGUAGUGGAGCCAGAUGGGAAGGACACAGAGACAUUUUCUUGGCAGAAUGUCAGCCAGGCGGGCUGGGACUCGUUUGCCCAACACUCCCCGGAUGUGAGUUUCAAUUUGCAUUUCCUCAAACUGGAGGAGGAGAGCUUUGCAAACUUCUUCCACUACGGGUUACCAGUGACUUUGCUUCACUUCGGAUGCUACGUGUCGCAACCGGUGCUGUGUCGCAUGGCGCAGCACUGUCCGCGACUCCAGGUGCUCCUCUUGGGGAACACUGGAAUGGAGGAUCCCGUCGACCGGGCGAUUCUGGAAAUCGGCCAGAGAUGCAAGCAGCUCCGGGGUGUGGAGCUAAGCAGUUCGUUUAUGAGUUGCGCGGGCGUUGUGAGGCUGGCCAAGCUGUGCGGGCCCAGGCUGACCACACUCGUCGUGUUCGAGGGGAUGGUGGUCGAAGACGCAGAGUGCGACAUGGAGAGGAUGGUGCAGGAAGCCUCCAAACAUUUGCAGAGACCGUGGAAUGUGGAAUUCUUCCCCACUUGGUUUGAAUGAGAGAUUUCUCAGUGCAACCAAGUACGACUGUGAAUCACACAAAUGCCAACUCUCAGAGCAAUUUUGCCAGGAAUCUUCCCGAGUCUUGUAAAAUCAACCACUGUAAAGCAAUCAAAUGACACAUUCCAUGUAAACUAAUACUGUGAUCCACUAGACUCUAACAACCCAUAUCCUACGAAAUCCUCCAAAAUGGUUGAUUUUGCAGAAUCUGGGAGAGGUACGCUUAAAAACCAUUUUGAAAGAGGCUAUUUUAUUUACAAAGUUGAGACACCAACAAUAUUUGUGUCAUUUUAAUUGAGUGGGGUAAUAUUUUGUUGCAACUUUUAUAUGUUGUUGCCCAAAUUUUUCGCCAGAUGUUUCUUUUUGUAUCACAUCCCUCAAUGCAGGCAGCAAACCUUGCACUGAAUAAUGGACUUGUAUUAAAAUUAAAUAUUUUUGUAUAGUUAUACAUGUACUUCAUAUACAUGUGUAUAUAUAUACAUGUUUAUACACAAUGUUGCUCGUGUAUUGGACUGAAGAAAAAUCCUUCCUUUUUGCAAAUAUGGGUUGACAUAUCAUGCACUAAUCGAUGUAAUUUUAAUUUUGGCUUAAAAACAUCCCACUGCCAUUACCAGUAUUCUAUGUUAUUGUAAAAUAUGUAUCAAUAUUGCAUUUUAUUUUAAAUCUAAAUUAUGGUUUGUGAGCUUAAAUUUGAAUAAUUUUUUGGCACUUUUUUCCAGAAGUUGUGGAUCAUUUGAGCUCAGCUUUUCAUGGCUUUGUAAAGAUAUUUAUUUCUUUAACACAAAUUAUAUAAAUUUAUAAAUGUUACUUUCAAAAACUGAUGCGUGUGCAAUCCUUCCAAGAUCUGGAAAGUUUCUCAAACUAUACUGACAGGGUCUUUGAAACUAAUUUGCAGUGUAUAUUAAAAGAAAAAAAGGACAAUGAAGACAUGUUAUUUAUUUGGUAUAUUUGAUGACACUGUUACCUUUUUAUAGCAUUAAUUAAUAACUUUACCUGGACAAACUAAGGGGGAAAGAGGAGUAGAAAAAAAGUUGCAUAAGUUGUAGAAAGUUCGCAUUUAAAUGGCAGUUGCGUUUGGUUAUGAUGUAAAUCAAUGACACACAAGUCACGUGUUACACAUGCACAUACAUUGUAUCACUUUUACCAUAUUGUCACUCAAAAUGAAAAUAAAGCACGGGAACUUAUCGAAUAUUUUG